AUGCAUAAGGGUCCAAAGAGUAAGGGCCACUCCCCAGGUGGCAAACACCAGUCAGCUAGUGGUGAGAGCCAGAGUCUCCAGAGAGCUCAGCCCUCUGAAGAAGAGCCCGGACCAUCUACAUCUGCUGCGCAUGGUGCUUCUGGGGAAAGUUCAAGUGCCUCCAGGGUAGCAGCCCCCACUUGGGCCACUCCCCGGGGAGCAGCCUCUACUCGGGCCACCUGCAGAGAUUCUUUGACCAAGAAUACGAGCCUUUUGCUUCACUUAAUACUAGAUAAGUAUGAGAAGAGAGAGCCAGUCAUGUAUGCCGAUAUGCAGAAGCUUUUCACCAGGAAGGAGAGGUUGUAUUUCUCUGGUCUCCUCAUGAGAGCGUCCAAGCAGCUGGAGCUGGUUUAUGGUCUGGAAUUGAAUGAACCAGAUUCUAAGAGUCAACCCUAUAUCCUUGUCAGCAAGCCUACCUUCUGCACUGAGGAAAAUCUGAUUGGUAUAGCAGAGGUGACAAAGAAGGGUCUUCUAAUGUAUAUCCUGGGUGUGAUUUUUAUGAAGGGUAAUUGUGCCAGUGAGGAAGAUGUCUGGGAAUUUUUGAAUCUCUUGGGGGUAUAUGCUGGGAAUAGACACUUAAUCUUUGGGGAGCCCCGAAGUCUCAUUGCCAGAGAUUUUGUUCAUCAAAAUUAUCUGGAGUAUCGCCAGGUGUUAGGCAGUGCCCCCCCACGCUAUGAAUUCCUGUGGGGUCCCAGAGCCUAUGUUGAAACCACAAAGAUGGAUGUUCUUGAAACUUUAGCUGAAGUUAGAGGUGCCACUCCUAAUGCUUUCCCACAUCUGUAUCAAGAGGCUCUUGAGGAAAAUGAAGCAGAAAUAGGAGAGAAUUUGCCUAUAACAACUAGCAGAGUUACUGAGACCAAAGUUCAUUCUGCAUGCAAGUCCAUUGAUUAUACCUAUAUCUAG